AUGGCCGACAUCCAAGACGAAGCAGGACCCUUCCUGCCCCCAACCAUCUCCCCUCCCGCCCUCCUUUCCGGCGUUUCUCAAACCUACUUCUCGCCAAUUCCUCCUCAACUCCUCGCCGACAACACCCCAUGCUGCCUAGGCGUUGACGAAGCCGGCCGUGGUCCUGUCCUUGGCCCCAUGGUCUACUCGGCCUUCUACCUCCCUCUCACGCUCUCCGACCCGCUCCUAAAACAGAAGCAUAGCUUUGACGACUCCAAAGUCCUGACUCCUGCCGUUCGCCUAUCCCUAAUGAAGGAACUCUGCACCAAAGAUACCGAGCUACACGACAACUGCGGGUAUGCAACGUCGUCGUUGAGUCCGUUGUCAAUCUCGAGCGGUAUGCUCAAAGCCAGCAAAGCCCAGAUCUACAACCUCAACCAACAAGCCAUGGACGCCACCAUUGCUCUGAUAAAGGGUAUCUACGAACGGGGCGUCAAUGUUACGGAUAUCUUUAUCGACACGAUUGGACAGCCGGCGGCAUAUCAAAAGAAGUUGGAACGGGUGUUCCCGACAGCCAAGAUUACGGUCGCGAAGAAGGCUGAUUCGCUGUACCCCGUGGUGUCGGCGGCGUCAGUAGUGGCCAAGGUUACAAGAGAUAUUGCGCUCGAGGUCUUGUGGGCGGAUCGGAGUAAGCAGAUGCGGAAGAGGAAAAGGGACGACGAGGCUGGGCUUGAGAAGCGGGCAAAGCUGGAGAGAGGGGAUACAACAGGCACAAAUGGCACAGAUGCUAUGGAUGUUGACGAGCCAUCACAAACUCAAAACGGUUCGCCAAAAGCAGCAGAAGAGGAGGACGAGGAAGAGGAGGUGGAGACAAACGAAGCGAUGGCAUGGGGCUCUGGCUACCCCUCCGACAGCAAAUGCGUCUCUUGGCUCAAGCAGAACAUGCAUCCGGUUUUCGGCUGGGGUCCUGAAUGCCGAUUCUCUUGGGGAACAGCAAAAGACAUGUUGGAAACCAAGGGAGGGGUGAAGGUGGAUUGGCCGGAGGAAGAGGAGGAGGAGACACAAAAGUUAACCGACUUCUUCAUGGCCAAGAAAGACCAAGAAGAGGUGGAUGUGGAUGAGUUAGGGACAUGGUUCGGUGCGCCUGCUGGGGUAGAAUGUUUCUAG